AUGACCGACUACGGCCAGAACCAGGUGAACCUAUUCAGUGAUUACCAGGUGUUGGUCCAAAGAGCCUUGGCCAUAUCCAGUUCUUCGGUUGCCAUCUUUGCUUGCUUACUAGCCAUUUACUGCUUCUUGGCUAUCGACCCAAAACGCCUUGUCUUUCGCCACCAACUCAUUGCAUUCCUCCUAUUGUUUGACCUACUAAAAGCUUGUAUCUUGUUGCUAUAUCCAGCCCGUGUGCUUACUCACCCAACCGCAUACGCCAACAGACGUUUCUGCCAGGUGGUGGGCUUCUUUACUGCCACUGCCAUCGAAGGUGCUGAUUUGGCUAUCUUAUCCUUUGCAUUGCACACCUUGUUGCUCAUAUUCAAGCCUGACCUUUCAGUGAAAGUUCCUGAAACUGGAAGAGUCGAGGGCGGCUUGUAUAAGUACCGUUACUAUGUUUACGGGCUUUCCUUCGUUAUCCCGCUCGUCAUGGCUUCUUUAGCAUACAUUGGUGUGGGCUACAUCUCAUUCGUUUGUUGGUGUUACCUUCCUCAACAACCAGUCUGGUACCGGUUAGUUUUGAGUUGGGUUCCCCGCUACCUCAUCAUUGUCACCAUCAUACUUGUCUACGGACUUAUCUAUUACUACGUGCUCAAAGAGUUUAAAGCAUUGGGCGGUGUUUUCACCACCAUGCAACAUCAACACACGCGAGACUCCAACGUCAAACCAUCCUUCUUUUCUGCCUUGCGGUUCUUCUUCUACAAUAUCAGGGACUUUUUUCAUGAAAGAUUUGUUGUGCCUAAGGCAGAACGUGAUGGAAAUACUUCGAGUUCCGAGACAUCUGCUGUUGAAGCCGUAGGCUCCAGAACCAAAACUGUCCAAAGCCUGGACGAAUCCCCUAAUAAUGAACAACAUGAUCAUGUCAAUCAUACACAUAAUAUUAUUCACGACCCGGAGUUGGAAGCUGCUAACUUGGCCAGCUUCAGAAAACGCCAAAAGACCAUCGAGAGACAGAUGAAAUCCAUUUUCAUCUAUCCAGUCGCAUAUGUCUCCGUUUGGCUCUUCCCUUUCCUUUUACAAUGCACUCAAUUCAAUCAUGAGAGAACACAUGGUCCCGUUUACUGGCUUAAUUAUUUGGGUGCAUUCAUGCAACCCUUCAACGGAUUUGUUGAUUCCUUGGUUUUCUUCUAUCGUGAAGAGCCUUGGAAGUACACAAUUAUGAAAAACUACGAAAAAGAUAACGCAUACCGCCUUGAUCACUAUGUUCGCCAUCAUAGUGGCGAUCUGGAUACGCUUGACAGACGCCGGAGAUACAGUUCUUACAGUGCUGACAUGGCUAUUGAUAUACAGCAUGUUAGCAAAGCUUCGUCUUCCCUUAUGGGCUUGCCAACAGAGGAGAAUAUUGCAAAGUUUCAAAACAACUAUUUGACCACCCGCCUUGAAGAACAGCGUUCUUCAGCAGGUCAAGGACUGGGUAAUAUUCAACAAGUCGAAGGAAACCCCGACUUCACCUCACUUAUGACUAAGCAUGAUUUCUCCAAUCUUUUGACGGGUGAUCUCGCUGAGGGAGAUUUCAGACUGACGCUUGAAAACUACUCGCUUAACUUUUCCAAAGAAAGAAGAUCCAGCUACUCGUCUCAAGGCCGCAACGAAUUGAGAACAAGCAUCACGUCGCCCUCCAAUAAGUCAUCCAGAUCAAGAAGGUUCUCCACCAUGGAUCCUCACGAAGCAAUUCCUGAAUCGAAGGAGUAUGUUCCGCAGGAGUCCAGUGCUGGUAACCGUAAGGGAACUGCCUCAUAUGCAAAUAGCAAGAGGCCAUCACAGCGUAGUGAACGUUCGGGCAGCGAAGAGGUCGAGCUAGAUUUCCUACAGUUUCUACGUGAUGGCCCGUAA